CUAGGGCAGUCACCUUGUCGUGGUGCGGGGGCUUAAUCGAAUCGCUAAUCAGACCUUAUUAGGGUUUGGCAAUGCAUGCGCUUAAGUAUAAGUACUUGUGUAUGCAUUCCAUUAAUCCUAAUUCGGGCUGCUUUUUGAACGAUGACCAAGUACUGCCGACCCCCCUAAUCCAGGGUGUUAUGCGAUACCGUGCCCAUUGGAUGGUUUGCAGCCAGGGGGUUUAACAGACCGGCUGUAUUGUAACGGCGCCUUCCUGACACCGGGCCGCCUCAGGGAGUAACCGUGGCCUUGCUGCGGCAUGGGGCGCUGCCGUGGUGUACCGUUUGAAUUCCCCAAUAUAUUACUUAGACUACUGAGCUCGCCUCGUCGAGCAGGUGGUCGUACGAACAAGAUGAAUACAAACUACUUAAAUACUAAUUAUAAAUCAAACGAAAGGGCUUUGGCCGAUCUAUUGGGGCAGUUGGUGAGGGGUAGAAACUCAUCACCUUCUAGCUUUAAUAGAGGAGGAGGAGGAGGAGGAGGAGGAGGAAUGGGUGGUAGUGGAAUGAGUGGGGGUAAUGGUGGACCUAUGAAUAAUUAUAGUGGUUCAUCCAGUGGAGGAGGAGGAGGUGGUAGUGGUGGUUGGGGUGGAAAUCAAGCUAAUGAUUGGAAUCAAGGUAGUGGGGUUGGUGGCGGCGUUGGCUUCGGUAAUGGCGGUGGUUUCGGUAAUGGCGGUGGUAGUGGAAAUUUGAUGCCAUUAAUGCAACGUGGUGGGGAUAUGAAUAUGAAUAAUAGUGGGGGUGGUGGUUUUGGUGGCAUGCCACAAGGUAGUGGCUACGCUGGUAUGGCCGAUAAUUUUGGCAUGCAACAGGGCAAUAGCUAUAUGGGUAUGCCAGGAGGGAACUCUGGAGGUUUUGGUGGUAUGCAGCCAAAUGUGGGCAUGAAUAAUGGCGGUUUUGGCGGUGGUGGUGGUUUUCCACAAAAUAAUAACUUUGGUGGUGAUGGUUAUAUCGAUUGCCCACCAACACCAGCUAUUCGAUCACGUGGCACAUGGGUUAGUGGAUCUGCAAGUCGCAGCAGUCGUAAUGCGCAGACGUCGCAAGGGCGUAGCAGCCGUAAUGCGCCGACGCCGCAAGGGCGUAGCAGUAAUCGCCCAUCGAGUUCAACGCAAGAUAGACGAGGCUUAGGCGGUUCAAAAGCAUCACUAUCAUCGAGAAGUAAUCGCAGCGGUGGUGGUGCUGCUUCAGGUAAUUCUUCAAAACCUGUGCAGGCACAAAAACGUAAAGCCCCACCUAGUUCUGUGCCGCCCGCAAAAAUAAGUAGCAAUGCAAGUAAUGCGAAACCAACAACCGCUCAAGUGAAUAAAACAACCCCAGCAGAGCCUAGACGGGUGCUGACAUCAGUUGGCGGCCGUUGGUAUCAACAUUUCUUAAACAAAGGGCUUAAACCGGAAGAAGCCCGUAAGAAGGCUUUUGAAAACAAUAACAAGCCAUUUACGGCAGGUGUUCAAGGUGCGGCAAGCAAGAACAAAAAUAAGAGUGCCAAAAAGCCAAAUACACCAUCCGCAGAUAAGUACGUACGCCUUGCAAUUUUCGCAAAAGGUUUUCCGGAGAAUAUGUUGGAUCCUGAAGAUCUAUCAUCUCUCGAAGAAAUGAUCGUCGAAGAGAUUGCUAACAACAGCACCGAAACGAAAUUGCAAUUUGAAAGAUUGCUACGCAAACCUGGUAUGAUAUUUGUUGAUUGUGUUAAUCAACAAACCGCUGAUUGGCUUAAAGAUCUCAUACCGAAAUUGCCCCAAUGGGAAAACCCCGAAUUGGAAGUUUGUAGUGAGGAUGACAUUCCAAAAGAUGCAUAUGUAAUGAUACUCUCAUUGCCAAAUAGUGCUGGCCAAGAAUACGAUCAGACCUUGGCCAUGAUUCAGGCACAAAAUGCUGAUUUAGUUACCGAUUCGUGGGAGUGGGUGCAUGAGCGUGAAGAUGGUGAUAGAUUAACUCUCACCAUACGUGUUGAUGAACAAUCACACACGGCAAUCAAAGAGAAGAGGUGGAAGAUAUUUUACAAAUUCAGUGUUGUAGAUGUAACUUUUGUCCGCUAUGUCCGUUAUUCACUUCAAAAGCAAUUAAAUGAGGAGACGCCGGACGCGACUAACAAUGAUGAAAGUAAGGCGAAGGAACAACAACCAACUGAUGAAAGCAGCAAGGCAGAAAUGGCAGUUGACUUAACCGAGGAUGAUAAUCAACCAUCCCCGCCACCUGCACCAGUUAUCAGCAAAUAAAACGAAACAAAAAUUGUAUGCAGUAUCUGCAUUCAGGAUUUAUUCUUUUCUAUUUGAGUAUUUAUUAUCCAUGGUUAUAUUACCACCAACAAUUGGCUAAUGCAAUUAUGUUAUGAGAACCACUGAAACCACAUUUGAAAUAUUGGGAUGUCUGUUUAGUUUAAACAAGAAACUAACAAAGUCGUGUCAAUAAUCGCAAUCUAGAACAUCCAGUACGGAAGCAUAAUAACUCGAAUAAAUUGUCGCCCUCAGUCAUCUACGCAGUUCUAUAUGUGCAUUAAAACAGGAGAACAAAACAAUUAUGAUUCGAAAACACCGUGAUGUAUUGAAUUAAGUGGUGAAAAACCUUCGUAAUGCCAAUUGUUUCGAUAAUAAUUACUAACAAUUAUUUCUAAUUUAUUCUUAUUGCAAAAUACAUGUAAAAUUGUAAGUUUUAUUUGUGGAAAGCUGAAAAGCAGCUGAUCUUUAUAACGUAAGCAUAUAAUUACUUGAAAAAAGUUGUAUACCGAACGUCAAACCAUCAUCAAUAAAGCUUCUAAAAAAGUGAUUGAAACCUCUCAAAA